AUGAGAUCAUCAUCAUCAUCGUCUCCGUUCAAUUCUUUUCUUUCGCUCAUCAUUCAUUUUCUUUUCUUUUCUCAUCUCAUCACAUUCGUCGAUCCGAAAAGACACAAAACUAAAUCGUGCAAAAGGACAGCUUUCAAUCGACACACAACAAACUAUCAAGCAUGGAGAGAACAGAUGACAGUUUGUGAUCUCCUUGAUGAAUAUGAUCCAGCUGUCAGACCGAGCGGCCGAUCACCACUCAAUGGAAAUACGAAGGGUCCAGUCAUCGUGACCACCAGUCUCAACAUUCGCUCAAUUUCAGCUGUCUCUGAGAAAAAUAUGGAAUUCGUGGCUCAGUUUCGUUUUCGACAAGAAUGGUACGACGAUCGAUUGAGAUUCACUGAGCCAGAACCGGAAGAUUCGAGUAAAAGAACGAACAGCAUGUCGAAUGGGAACUAUCGUCGAGAGGAAUUCAUCAAUGUGGCCAGAGAUCAACGUUUAUGGAUACCAGACACGUUCUUCCAAAAUGAACGCAAUGGAUGGUAUCAUGAUUUGGAUCAGGAGAACCGUUUUGUGAAGAUUCGCUCGGACGGUCGUCUUUUCUAUGAUCGCCGUUUAACCCUUCAUCUUUCCUGCUCAAUGUCGCUCGUUCGAUACCCGAUGGACGUGCAAAAUUGUGUCGUCGAUUUUGCAAGUUAUGCUUACACAACACAGGACAUUCAAUACGAAUGGGAUUCCCCACCGAUACAGCUGCACGAAGGAGCGAAUGGAGCAUUGCCGAAUUUCGAUAUUACCUCCUACUCGAAUUCGACUUGCCAUUCACAAACAAACACCGGCAACUACUCGUGUCUUCGAGUGGAGCUUCGCCUGUCACGGGUCUUCUCAUUUUUCCUCCUUCAGCUCUACAUUCCCUCAUCAAUGUUGGUCGGAGUGGCCUGGGUGUCAUAUUGGAUUGAUUGGAAAUCGACGGCUGCCCGUGUUCCACUCGCAAUCAUCACGCUUCUCUCAAUGAUCACCACAUCGCAUGCAAUCAACUCAAACCUUCCGCCCGUUUCCUAUGCAAAAUCCCUUGAUAUCUGGGUGGGAGCCUGUGUUGUUUUCAUUUUCUUCUCGUUGAUCGAAUAUGCGAUUGUGAACUAUAUGGGAAUCGUCGAUGAACACCGUCAAAUGCGAAAAGCUGCCUGUAAUCGGAGUCGUCUCUCGAAUGUGCUCGACAAUGAAAUGUUUAUGCAAAAUUGUGAGCAACUCAUCUCGAGUCCAACGAGUGGAGGGUUUAGUCCACAAGAGAAAAAGCGACUUCUCCGUCGGAAACGUCGCAAAAGUUUUGAGUUACGCGAAGAAGAGGAAGGGUUUGCUGAUGGAAUCGAGUUGUCUGAGCGAAGACCACCACAAGCAGCAGUCACCGGCCCUGAAGGAUGGACAUUUCAGGACACAACCGAUUUGGUAUUUUUCGGUCAAAGGAAACGGGUUGAAUUGGUUAGAUGGUGUAGUGUUUUGUCAUCAAGAGGAAGAGCUGAGCGGAUUGAUAUCAUUGCGAGAAUCAUAUUUCCUUUGGCUUUUUUCAUGUUCAAUAUUGCCUAUUGGAGUAUCUACCUGGACAACCCAGAUGCC